UGGUCCCUUCCAUCGCCACCAUGGAACAACGGGUGGCGAUACUGCAGGACCUCAAGAUCCAAUCGUUCGAUUCCAUCCGGUUUGCCUCGUACCGAACGGCCUGUAAGCUGCGCUAUGUCCAAAAGUCCACAAAUUUGCACCUGGUGGACAUCUGGAACGUGAUCGAGGCGUUCCGGGAGAAUGGCCUCAACACUCUGGAGCACCAGAACGAGGUCAGCGUGAGCCGGCUGGAGACACUCGUGUCCUCGCUCUAUCACAAUCUGAACAAACGUCUUCCCCCCACGCAACAAGUUCCUGUCGAUUCCAAAGCUAGUCUACUGCUGAAUUGGCUGCUGGCAGCCUACUCCGGGGACAACUCCGGCAAGAUCCGGGUAUUCUCCAUUAAGGUCGCCCUGGCCAUCAUGUGUUCGGGGAAAAUGGUCGACAAGUUGAGAUAUAUCUUCUCACAAAUUUCCGAUGGAGCGGGUCAGCUAAUUCACUGGAAGUUGGGGGAUUUUCUGCGGGAGGUCCUCGCACUGCCGGCGGCCGUUUUCGAAUCUCCAACAUUCCAUUACAAAGAGGGACUAGAAAGUGAAAUCUUCCCGGUCGAGAAUAAAAUCACCGUGAACGAUUUUAUGGCCGUCCUGAUGGCGGAACCUGGACCAGCUUGUCUCGUUUGGUUACCCCUGCUACACCGACUUGCCACCG